AUGGCCCCGAAAAAAGCUAAGCAGAACUUGCCUUCGCAGCUGGCAUCACUCAUCACACACACCAACAAAGGCGCCUGGACUAAAGAGGAAGACCAGCGCCUCAUAGACUACAUCAGGAUCCAUGGUGAAGGCUGCUGGCGUUCUCUCCCUAAGGCUGCUGGAUUGCUUAGAUGCGGCAAGAGCUGUAGAUUGAGGUGGAUAAACUACCUGCGGCCUGAUCUUAAAAGAGGGAAUUUCACUGAAGAAGAAGAUGAGAUUAUUAUUAAGCUGCAUAGCUUGCUAGGCAACAAAUGGUCUUUAAUUGCUGGAAGAUUACCAGGAAGAACAGAUAAUGAGAUAAAGAACUACUGGAACACACACAUCAAGAGAAAGCUAAUUAGCCGUGGCAUUGAUCCACAAACACACACACCUCUCAAUGAGAAAAUCGCCACCACCAUUGCAACCACCGCUACUGCCACCACCAAAACCACCCAGUUGGACUUUAAAAACACCCCACCACAAUCACUAGCCGAAAUCAGUCUCUUAAAAGGCCAGCUUGAUUUCAAAUACAACACCACCAACAACAAAGAUUUUCAUAGCAGCCAGUACCCAAGUUUCAAUCCCGAGAAAGGAGACACUACUUCUCUUGAAGAGAAUAACUGUACAAGCAGUAGCAUGACAACUGAUGAAGAACAACAGCAAAAGAGGAAGAGUCCUCAAACUCAAGAUGUUAACUUGGACUUAACUAUUGGGCUGGCUUCAACUCAGACGACUGCCAACUCUGCCGAGUCAAGACUACAACAACCAGUUUCUUCUUGCCAGUUAUUUGGUAGUGUGUUAACUCGGCCGGCUUAUUCCGACGCUUUCCUCCACUCUAACUCAUCGAGGAAGGUCGAUGGAGGUGUGGGAAACAGUUCUAUGGUGUUAAGCAAGCCAUCUAGAGAUAUAGAUCAAGUGAAGUCCCUUAAUGUUUAUACCUUCACAUAUGAUAAGGAAAGAAAGAAGUAG